UCGGGCAGUCUAAUGUUUGCACUGCAUUAGAGGAGCACCGUCAAGUGUGGUCGAAAAGAUGUACCUCUGGCUGGUGCUCGUCUUGGCAGCUGUCCUGCUGUGGGCCUGGAGGUCAACCAAGCGACCGGCCUGGAGUCCACACGGGCCACCACUGGUUCCAUGGGUGGGAAAUCUGCUCUCCGUGGACUUGAAGCAUGCCCACCACACUUAUGCCGCAUGGGCCAAGAUGUACGGUGACAUCUAUUAUGUCAAGAUGGGCGUCCUGCACCAGGUUGUGAUCAGCGAUCCCGACUUGAUCCGAGAAGCCUUCAGCCGACCUGAGCUCAGCGGCCGACCCGACACUGAGUUCUUCAAGUUCGUAGUACGAGGAAAGGGGCUGAUUUCUUCUCAGGGUGAGCUGUGGCAGAAGUCAAAACUUCUCACGCUUCAUCACCUGCGCAACUUGGGCAUGGGAAAGUCCGAACUGGAGGAGUACAUGCACUAUCAGAUCACCAGUUACAUGGACGAGAUUCUGGCCCCGAAUUGCGGCUCUGAGCUUGCCUUUGACUCAUCUCUGAACGUCGCCGUGGUCAACAUCAUCUGGAAGCUGGUUGCGUCGGAGGAGCUGAGCUUCACCGACACCACGGUCCUGAACACUAUCAAUAAACUUUCAGAAGGUACUGACAUUGCCCUGCGCUUGGAAAUUCUUGAUGCCGUUCCAUGGCUAAGCAACGUGCUGGCAAGCUUUGUUUUCAACAGGGCAAAGGUCGAGAAGGAAUUUGACAAUUUACUGGAGGACGCAUUCAUGCCCUCGAUCAAACAACAUAGGGACGAUCUUGACGUGUCCAGUGAGCCUCGUGACUAUAUGGAGGCUAUGCUUCAAGAGCAGCGCAAGCGACCGGACCUGCUAACCGACUGGCACCUUGUCAUCUUGGUGAUGGACCUGUUUCUCGCCGGCAACGACACGACGGCUGCGACACUGCGCUGGGCAUUCUGCUUCCUGUGCAACCGUCCGGAGGUGCAGCGGCGUCUGCAGGCCGAGCUGGACGGCCAGGUGGGCCGGCAGCGGCUGCCGUCCCUCUCGGACAGGUCGCGUCUUCCGUACGUCGAGGCCGUGCUGCUGGAGACGCAGAGACUGGCCGACAUCACACCCCUGCUCGUGAUGCACCAGUCAAUGGCGCCUGUCGAUGUCGGCCGAUACCGGCUGCCAGCCGGCGUCCAGGUCAUGGCCAACGUGCACAGUGCGCAUCGCAGCGAGCGUCUGUUCCCCGAGCCGCUGCAGUUCCGGCCCGAGCGUUUCCUGGACGCCGACGGCAAUUUCCAGCCGGAUAAGAACGUCAUGCCGUUCUCAGUGGGCAAGAGACGGUGUGUGGGCGAGAGUGUGGCGCGGGCAGAGCUGUUCCUCUUCCUUGCAUGCUUCAUGCAAACCUUUACCUUUCAUUGGCCAGAAGGGUUCACACACGACUUCGACGAAGACCCAGCACACUCGUUCCUUCGCGAACCCAAACCGUACAAGCUCAUCCCGGAAAGGCGCUGAAGCACAGGAACGGAGAGGGACAGGGGGCAGCUGCCUUCCCCACCCGAAAAUACGGGGCACACGCGCGCGCGUUUGCACGCUAUGGUACCUGUGAUCUUUGAGCACCACACGCACGUGGGGGAUUAGUGAUU